AUGUAAAAUAAAAUUGAUGAAUUUAAAAAUGACAUUGAUGAAAAAUUAUAAAAAAUAGAAGAAUAAGAUUAAAAAAUAGAUGAGAUUAAAAAUGAUAUUUAUGAGAAAUUAUAAAUUAUAGAAGUAUAAGAUUAAAAAAUAGAUGAAAAUAAAAAUAGUUUAGAAGAAGUUAACGAAAGACUCAAAAACUAAGAUGAAGAUAUUCUUAAAAUAUAAGAUAAAAUAAAUGAAAUUGAAAAUAACAAUUUAGCUGUAGGACAAAAUCUAGAUGAUAUUAAAGAAUUAAAUGAAAAAAUAGAAAAAAUAUAAGAAAGACUCACAAUUAUAGAGUCUAAAUGA